AGUUACGAUGUUGUUCUCUAGUCGACCGCUCAAAUAAUAAAAGAAGCGCUACUUUGCAGGAUAAAAACGCCUGUCAAUUUUGUCGUCAUUGCCUUUUUUUAUACGACAAUAAAAACAGUUUUUAAAUACUGUCGUAAUUUAGAGCUCUACAAAUUGCGUCGUUUUUUUCUUCCAUUUCGACAAUUACAUGAUUGAGUAUCGUAACAAACUUUAGAAGGAUUUGCUUAAGUCAAAUUUGUCAGAGAACACGAAAACAAUAACAAAGCAGUAAAAAUGGGUGAACGAAAAGGAACAAAUUUGUACUACCCGCCGGAUUAUGAUCCGCGGGUAGGUGGUCUCAACAAGUUUAUGGGAACUCAUGCAUUGCGAGAACGAGCUCGCAAACUACACAUGGGCAUUCUAAUCAUUCGAUUUGAAAUGCCAUACAACAUUUGGUGCGAAGGAUGCGGCAAUCACAUCGGCAUGGGUGUACGAUACAAUGCUGAGAAGACUAAGAUAGGAAUGUAUUACAGCACACCGCUGUAUCAAUUCCGUAUGAAAUGCCAUUUGUGUGAUAAUCACUUUGAAAUCAAAACUGAUCCUGCGAAUUUAGAUUAUGUCAUAGUAAGUGGAGCUCGGAGACAAGAAAAUAGAUGGGACCCGAAAGAAAAUGAGCAAGUUGUGCCAGAGACUAAAGAAGUAUCCAGAAGAUUGUACGACGAUGCAAUGUAUAAGUUGGAACACGGUACGAACGACGUUAAAACAGCGCGGUUUCGAGAUUCCGCUUUAAAUAGUGCAAUCGCAUUGAAUAAAGCUCAAUGGAGCGACGAUUACGCUUCCAACUGUGCUUUACGAACAUCUUUCAGGGCACGAAAAAAAGAACUUGAACGAGUCAAAUUGUCGGAUCAAUCGUUGUUGAAAAAAGCUGGAUUGGACAUGACUUUGGUCCAAGAGCAUAAAGAUGAUAUAGAAAUUGCACGCUUGUUGACUCAAAAUAAACGAAAAGAUUCGAAGGAGACUUCCACUGUGCCGUUGAAAAGACUGAUUUCCGUUGUACGAUCAAAGCAGAAAGAACAAAGAUCUUCCAAAAAAACAAAAAACCUUGGAGUCAUACACCGAAACAUACCAGAGCCAUCAGCAACUCUUUCAAAAGCUCCAACGCCGGCGUCAACUGACAAUGGAAAUGUUUCUCUUGUUAGUUACACAUGUACAAGCUCAGACAGUGAUACGUAGGAUUAAAUCAAAUUUUUUGUUGUUACGAAGCAGAUGCAAACUACAUCUUCGUUGAAGCAAUCCAGAAAAGUUAACUCGUGAUUAGCCUUCAUCGAAACAAUUAAAUCAAUAUUGUUUGUAAAGUAUGGAUCCGUAUUUGGACUCUCAAAGUCCAGGUGUGAUCUGCCAAAGUUUUUGACGCAUGAUAAACUGCUCCAAAAUAAUAUCCAAAGACAAUGAAGAAUUAUACGUAUUCCAUAACAAUUUCAGAACUCUGCAGUUCACUAGAAAUAUGAAAAAACUAAAUCACCGUUGAAACGUUGCCCACGAUUAUUUGAAUAUUUAUAAGUCAAUUAUUUUUUAGUGCUAAUUGCGAAUCGUUGAUCCUUGAAUUGAUUCUGCUCAAAGUGAUGCGUUGUAAUACAUAGAUUUUCCACAUUAUUUUUUAAAAAUAAGAAUCAAUGAUCUAUUUAUGUAUAAUAAACGAAGCCAAUGUAAAUAAAUAAUUUAUUCAAUCGAAUAAUAAAACACGAGUUGAGAACUGAA